AUGCCUUCCCUUGCAGUCAAGCGAGCGGGAACACCAACCCCGUCUCGACACCCUUCCAGACCGUCCUUCGAGGACCAAGCCGCAUUCUAUGCGAUGGUAAUCGAUCCUGGACCAAUGGAUCAAAGGACAAGUAAAGCAAAGGCACUGGCCCGCGAUCGCUAUCGUUGUAUGUUUUCGGGGUUGAUCGAUGACACCUCUGCUCUAGCAGGCCUUGUCGAAACCCCGCUCCCUGUUGGGCCCACCGCAACCACCGCGCCCACCGAACUUUGCCAUAUCAUUCCGCAGGGCUUGUUAUCAAGGUGGGAGCAAGACGAUGAGCGUGACCGGUCCUCUACUUGUCUGGCUCGAAUGUUUGGUGAUGUGCAGUUUCCCAUGGACCUCAGCGGCCCAGAGACUCAUCGCCUGGAAAACGUUUUGACGCUCAAUCCGAUUUGGCACGCGCGUUUUGACAGUCUUAAAUGCUAUCUAGAGUCAACCACGACGCCUGACCUCUACGUGCUCAAAGUCUGGGAACCCUUCAUCGAAAACGGCAACUCCUUCCUCGAUCUAAAAUCCGAUAACCCGGAUUUUCCCGCUCCUUCUCCACAACUUCUGGCAAUCCACCGAUCUCGUGCAAUAGUUGCUCAUUUGUCGGGCGCGGCGAAAUAUGUGGAAUUGCAUCCUGAGGAAGAUGAGGAGGAUCGAUAUGCCGUGCUCAGUGGGAUAAGACACGACGAGCCAACCGCACGGGAGGUGUUCAUUGCGGCACUCUGGGCACGUUUCCCUUCCGCUCGUGCCUUAGCCCCGCAGAAAAUGGAGUAG